AUGUUACCGUUCUUUCGCACACAUCGUAUAAUACCUUUGGUUUUUCCAUUUAGGAUUCAACGGGUUUUCUUUUUUCCGCAUUUAGUUCAAAGGUGGAGUGGGCCAAUGUCUGUUGCAGUCUAUCUCAAAUCCCACAUCGAGAAAGAGCAAGUGACGCAACUCCUUGCUCAAACCUCGCUCCCUCGCUCAAUUACACUUUCAUUUUACAUUACGAAGGACCCUACGGAGUACCCCUACAACAAACUUCGAAAUAUUGCACUUUCCAAAAUAGUUACGUCUCAUUUUUGGGUAAUGGACAUGGACAUGUGGCCAUGCGACGGUCUCUACGAGUCACUCCAUCAGCUCGAUUCGAAGUUUUUGAACGAUGAUCAUUUAGCGGUGAUCGUUCCCUCCUUCGAAUACGUAGAAGACCUGAAGAGUUGCGAAGACUUCGAAAGUUGCGUGCAAUCGUUUUGUUUUCUUUUCAUUUUUCAUCCCAGAAUCGUUCCUUUUAUUCCGCACACGCUUGAAGAUCUUCGAAACUGCAUGGCCGUCGAGAAAUGCGACGAGUUUCGAAAGAAAUACUUCGUUCACGUAUCAACUUCUUUCUUAUUUCAUUCAGAACUAUCUCACUCCGGAAUGGUAUUCGCUCCCUCCCAACCGACUCAUGUUCGUUCCUUGCUUUCAAAGCUACAAACAGGAGCCUUAUGUGAUGGUGAAGCGCUCUUCUUUCCUCCCCACAUUCGACGAGCGCUUUGUGAACUAUGGGAAGGAUAA